AUCGACUGGAUCGGCACCCGUUCACUCCAAAUUCGGCCAGUCCGUGACCAUUGUCGAUCUCGAAUUUAUUUAUCGUGGGCGCUCCGGUGCAGCUACGCCAUCCACCGUGACAGAACCAACCAGACUCCCGACCCGUCGUUGCGUUCUCGCCGUGCAUCGUGAUUCAGAAUGACUGCUUUUGGAAACAACGCUCUGUUCGACGGCGAUGUGACUACAUCACUGUACAGUCGGCAAAAUGGCUGCGUCAAAUGUGACGACGUCGCCCCGGUCUGUCCUGAUUGUGGUCCGACAGAGGUGUGCAAGUUUACUGUCCCCUUGAGCUGCAAGGAAUGUGCAACGGCCGUCUGCAAGUUCGAUCCUACCAAAGUCGGUAGUGGCCAGCAAGGAGGCGGCACCAACACGGGCGCCAUCGCUGGUGGAGUCGUUGGUGGGCUUGCUGCCAUGGCCAUUAUAACGUAUCUCGUGUGGAGGUUCUGCAUCAAGGCCAAGCGUGGCACCGAGGUCGACCAGUGGGUCGACGGCGCCCGUUCAAAAGAAGGCUUCAGCGAUGACAGCGCUGAUGCGGGAAGGCAGUCGAAGCGGGCGUCGACGCACACGGUGCACUCUAUUGCGUCCACGGUCCUCACCCGCGCCUCCAACAUUAUCCAAAUUGCGUAUAUUCCCGGCGUCACCAACCGCGCAACUCCAACAUCGCCUGCUCUUCUCGUUCCUCCUGUACCUCCUAUUCCAUUGGCACACUCCGAUAACGGGAGUGUCAGCUCCCCGUACGACGAGCAGCACUUCUUCAUGCCUGGCGAUCUUCGCAACUCUACAUAUUCCGGCAUCUCGGCUUUCUCUGAUCGGACUUCGUAUGCCCGCACUUCGUAUGCGCCUCGGUCCAGUGUAGCCUCGACUAUCUACGGAAAGAACGCCGUAGUGUCACCCCUGCCUGCGCAGAAGGGUAACUUCCUGAGACCAUCAAUCGUGAGCGUCAAGUCGCGUGUUGGAGGCUCGGAAAGCGGCGACAGCGUCCCCGCAGUACCUGCUGUAGACUACGACAAGUACGACCGCCCACCACCCUCACCUGCCUUCAGCAUCGGCUCGGCAUUCUUCAAGAACGCAAGCACUUCGACGGCGACGACAGUCCGACCGCAAAUGAUCAGUCUAGGCAGCGGUGGACCCAAGACGAUCGAGAUCAAGUCCAAGGCGUCAUCGGCUGCCUCCGUGUCCUCUGGGUCGGAGGAUGUUGAGAAGACUGGCCCGAGCGGUGUCACCAUUGUCAAGACCUCCCCGCAACAAGAUCAGGGUCCGUUCGCCGAUCCGUCGCCAUCUUACACUGUAAGCCCAACACUCACAGCAGUCGAAGAGGAGGACCGCACAUCAUCCCGGCGGAACUCGGACCAGAGCAAGACGAGCACGAGGGGACGUAGCCCCUUUGGUGACGAAAACGCCGUCAAGGACAGCUGAUUGGGCAACUUAGCCGUUUUUGCACUGAAUUCGCUUCUUUCCUGGAUAUGUUGCUUGGGUUGCACAUAGCUACUGCUCAUCUCUUUUUUCGUAUAUACCCCCACCAGAGUUGAUCGCUUGCUUCCUGCUGGCAUGACUCAUGCUCGAAAGGUGUUCUAGGCCCAUGGUCUGCCACUAUCCACAUACUU